AUGGCCUUCGGAGUCCUGUGUUUUAUGAUGAUUGAGAGGAGCGUCGAAGUCGAGCUGAGAGCAGAGACGGCGUCAGAGACCGGAGUAAAGGUCCAGAAGGAUACGAGCCUCACGCAGAUUUCGGACAGUCGAUCAGUCGCCAUCUUUGCCAAGCGCGGGUACAUACCGACUUCCCGAAUGGACGAUGUUUUCCUCAGCUCGGACCUAGGAAUCCCUGCGAUUGUGGAAGAUGAUGAUGGCUCACCCAACUAUUCGUUGUAUUGGACCAUUUACAGUUCAUCUGCGCGCCAAGCGGCUUCGCUGGUGUUUCAGACACUGCAUGUCUCGACCAUGAUAUCGAAAUAUUGGCACAAGUACUUCAGCGCAUGGCGGCCACUUUCUCGUCGCCUUUACGAUGGAGUCAACGACACUAAAGACAUGCAAGGAUUGGAGCGCAACUGGCAUGAACGAGGCAUUCGAAACUUGCCUCUCGCAUAG